GCUGAAUGGACAAACGAAACCCAUCUCACACAGAGGAGCAAAAUUUACAGCGCUGUGGCGUUGUCUGCAGUCAGUGGUCAGGUGCUGUGGAGGAAGGUCAUGGCGGAGUCUGUGAUGUGCAUCCAGUGUGGUCUGCAGUACAGCUCGCAGCCGUCGCCUGUGUGUCUCCUCAUCAGCAAAUCCAUCCUCAUGGCAGUCAACGGCACCACAGGGAAGAAUUUGUCGUCAGUCCAGAUGAAGAACAUUGAAUCCCAGGCGGUGUUACUUCCAGACCUGCAGGGCGACUCAGUCCCGGAUCUGCUCAUCGCCACCCUGCCUGCAGAUGAGGCCUUGGAUCUGUCCCUGACUUUGAUCUCUGGACUGACGGGGGCGCAGCUCGGACGUCCCGUGCCGUUCAACCUCACUGGACAAGGAAAGCUGAUCGGCCCUCUGCUGCACGAAACACAGAAAGGGGCCUUUUACAUUCUGUUUGGACUCGGGAACGUGGAGGCCAUCUCUCUGCGUGACAUUUACAUCCGUGCCACUGGGAAAAUGCCCGUAACACAAGCUCUUAGAAUCAAAGAUCCGAAGUGGGAGGAGCUCAGGAAAACCAAUUCCUCGUCCUUCAUAGACAUUUACAGGGGAUCCGAGCAUGUGGAGUUCAUGCUUCCCCUUGUGGCCGGGUUUGGCAACAACCGCAACGCCCUGGACACAGUUUCGAACCUGAACUCCACCAGAAGCGACUGGGUGCUGGUGUACGGCUCCAGCAAACUGUCUGUCCUCAGGCAGAGGGACAUGCACAAGAAAUGGACCUUCAGCUCACCCCCCAUCCACAGCCAACCUGCCGCGGGACACUUCAGCGACGAUGGAGUCCUUGAUCUGUUCUUUCAACAUGCAGCAAACGGUGUGAUGGAGGCACAGGUCAUCGAUGGAGCAACCGGGGUUCUUCUCUGGUCCGCAGAGUUUGUGUGUCCUCGACUCGUUUUGCAAACUUCUGCAAUUUCCACCUCGACUGGCCAAUCAGCUUUCCUCUUUUGGGCUAGCGAACCCAUCAACGCACUGAAGAAUGUUAGCAAGACAACCGUGGCGCCUGGUGUCGCCGCAGCAGAGCCGCUCAUCAGAAAGCUCUUCCUGCUGCAUCCUGUGUAUCCCACAAUCCUGCUGGAGCUCGCCAGUACCACAGACACCACAGUCACCUCCGCAGUGAGUUAUCAGGAGCAUCUGAAAGACGCCUCCUACAUCACCGUGUCCUCCCGGCCCACGCCCGACUCCGAGCCCAGCGCUCGGAUAGUGAAGCGCAUGAGCCUGAGAGCCGCGAUCAUCAAAGCACAAAUUGUGAGACUGGGGGAAAGCAACAAGACGGGCACAUCCACCAAAACCGACGCGUUCGAGGUCAAGACGUUCUUCCGGUGUCUGUCCUUCAAGCGUCAGUGACGAGUCACCGUGGUUACCCCGCGUCACAUGAAGCGGUACGACUGAGAGGAAGCUCAUGUUACGAUGAAAGGGAGGAAAUCUGUGGAUAAGCUCUGCACAAGGACACGAUAAGAAUCCAUCUGAGGCUGUUCACAGGCUUCUUACUAAGUUCACUUCUGCCGCCUGAUCAAGAGACUUGUUUGAGUUUUGCUUUUAUUGUUUUGGUUCAGAUGAUGUUUGGAGAAUGAAAACGCUUAUUUAAACUAUUUAAUUCAGCCUGCACAGUUUAAUUGAAUGUUUCUGAUGUGGAUGGCAGGACAUUUACUUUGAACAGUAGUUUAUUACUGACUGAAGAACAUUUUAAUGUGUUUACAGUGUGCAUCACUUCUUCAUCUCCCUCCUCCGAGGCCAGUAUAUUCCUGUGGUGUAAUCCUCAUGUGUUUUGUCAUAUAAGCCUUUAACAGUGUUCUUUUUGUUCAUCAAUAACUUUAGAAGUAUAGGGAGUCUGUAAAUAUUUAAUCCUGUACAGUAUUUAUUGAUUUGCUUUACUGUUUUGAAAUGUUUUUGUUGGGUUGAUCCUGUCAGAUUUCGUAUGGUUAUAUAAUCAACCACUGCUUAUUUUGUGGCUGCUAAAAGGUACGAGAUUAAAUGUGAGCCGCAAACCUCACAUACGGCAAGAGAAAGUAUGAAAAUC